GGGUUAGCUGCUGCGGGGCAGAUGGGGGAGAGUGUCUCCCCGGGCAGGGUUAGCUGUUGUGGAGGGGGGUGUCUCCUCAGGGCUGAGGCAUGAUGGUGACAAUGCUGAUCCUGAUCCUGCUGCCCGUGGCCUUUCUCCUGUCCCCCGGGGCCGGGGCUGGUGAGAUCAUUGGGGGUCGGGAAGCCAAGCCCCACUCCCGACCCUACAUGGCCCACCUGGCUAUACAUCGCAGAGGGAAGACCAGUGUCUGCGGAGGGUUCCUGGUGUCAGAGAACUUCGUGCUGACGGCCGCUCACUGCAAUGUAGAUGAGAUCACUGUCACUCUGGGAGCCCAUAACAUUAGACAACAGGAACAGAGCCAAGAGAAAAUCUCUGUGCGCCACCGGAUCCCUCACCCCCAGUUCAAUGAGACCACCCUGAACAAUGACAUCAUGCUGCUGCAGCUGGCAGAGAAAGCGAAGCUGAACAGAUGGGUCGAUACCAUCGCCCUGCCACGCGCCAACGAGACAGUAAAGCCAGGGGCCAUGUGCAGCGUCGCCGGCUGGGGAUGCACUAGGACACGGAGUAAAUCGACCGCGGCCAGGCUCCAGGAGGCGGACAUGGUGGUGAUGCCAGAUGCCACAUGUCUGAGGAACUCUAACGGGAAACACCACAUCUAUAACGCCUCCACCAUGAUGUGUGUGGGGGAUCCAAAGACGGGCAAAGACUCUUGGGAGGGCGAUUCUGGAGGCCCCCUGGUGUGUGGGGAAACAGCCCAGGGCGUUGUCUCCUGGGGGCCUAGCACCCCUCCUGGGGUGUACACGAGAGUCUCCACCUUCAUCCCCUGGAUACGGGCGACGAUGAGGAGGCUGUGCGGCUGUGACCUGACAAUUUCCCAGUGGGUGUCUGCUCCUGGCUCAACUGGAAUGGGAGUUUCCAGGAAGCAGGGGCUGAGGCACGAACACUGUCACUUUUCACAGAUGGUGACAAUGCUGAUCCUGAUCCUGCUGCCUGUGGCCUUUCUCCUGCCCCCCGGGGCUGGGGCUGGUGAGAUCAUCGGUGGUCAGGAAGCCAAGCCCCACUCCAGACCCUACAUGGCCUGUCUGGCUACACAACGCAGAGGGGAUACCUAUAUCUGCGGAGGGUUCCUGGUGUCGAAGAACUUCGUGCUGACGGCCGCUCACUGCAAUGGAGACGAGAUCACUGUCACGCUGGGAGCCCAUAACAUUAGAGAACCGGAACAGAGCCAACAGAAAAUCUCUGUGCGCCACCGGAUCCCCCACCCCCAGUACAACAAGACCACCCUGAACAAUGACAUCAUGCUGCUGCAGCUGGCAGAGAGAGCGAAGCUGAACAGAUGGGUGGGUACCAUCGCCCUGCCCCGCACCAGCAAGAGAGUAAAGCCAGGGGCUGUGUGUAGUGUUGCCGGCUGGGGCGGCACUAGCACAGAUGGUAAAUCGUCCCCAGCCAGGCUCCAGGAGGUGGACGUGGUGGUGAUGCCGGAUGCUGCAUGUUCGAGGAAGCCUAACGGGUCAUAUUACAAGUAUAAAUCCUCCACCAUGAUGUGUGUGGGGGAUCCAAAGAUGGGCAAAGACUCUUGGAAGGGCGACUCUGGGGGCCCCCUGGUGUGUGGGAAAACAGCCCAGGGCGUCGUCUCCUGGGGGCCUCCCACCCCUCCCGGGGUGUACGUGAAAGUCUCCACCUUCAUCCCCUGGAUACGGGCGACGAUGAGGAGGCUGCAGCCCUGAGCAAAGCCGGGAAUAGCUGCGGGGGCCGGAGCUGCGUCGCUUCUGUCCUUUGGUGAUGCCCAGAUGUAGGGCCUGCUUUGCAGAUUAGCUGAGCCCUCCCCCCCUCCCCAGAAUACCCCCACCACCACCAUUGCUCCACUCAGGCAGUGCCCAGCCCAUGAAGAUCAAGGCAGUGGGACUAGGGGAGUUAGGAACCACGUUCAAGACCAGCUCCUACCCGGAGUUAGGCUGCUUCUUCGCUAGGGAAACAGCUGGUUUAUUUUCCCGGGGGUAAUGGACACAAGCCAAACCCUGGGGCAGACCUGGUGGUUUGUAGCUAUCUGCCAUGUCAGCUGGUCGAGUGACCACUUAUUGGGGGAUCUUCAUUGGUACCUGACCUGCUAAAGCCUGUGAAAAGUGCAGCCUGCCCUGGCCUCACAGGACCUAUCCCAUGGGUUAGUUCAUUGGGCUGGCCAUCGACCCUUCCAAACACACCUGUUCCCAGCGCCAGUGAGGCCAGUGGGACGGGAACGCAGAGAAGGCUGAACUGAACUGAUUGCAGAUCAAUCCCCGGUGCUGAUCGCCUCCUUCCCACCGUCACUGCCCCACCCUGCCACGCGGCCUGCUGCAUUUCGCUCCCUGCUCCAUUGCCAGCAAUGAAUAAAAAUGAAGUUAUAAAAAAAUACUGU